GGAUGGAGCAGAAAUAAAUAUCUAAGCUAAAGCUAUGAGGUGAGAGCAGAAGAAAGCACACAAGUAAGUCACGGGACGUUACAAGACAAAAACCUCCCUCCCUCCCUCCCCGCACAACUUGCAAAUGAAUGCAGCUGUAGCACAAUAAAGGCCCCUUUCCCAUUUCCAGUGCCGCCUCAGCUGAUUGCUACAUAUGCUGCACCUACUCGUUUUCCUAAGUAUAUAUUUAGUGUUGUUCUGAGCAAACCAAAGCUUCCAACUCCUUGAUUAUACUGCAGCACUUUCCAUGGCACCUCCAGCUGCAUCCAACACAUUAUUCCUACAAUCCUUUGUGCUGAUGAUCAUGUGUGCUUUCCAUGUUCACACCCUUGACCUUGGCCUUCAUGCUAACGUUGAUCUCUCUCUGGCCAAACAAUGCAGUAAAACUUGUGAAUCAUCCUUCUGCUCUGUGGCCCCGUUACUCAGAUAUGGCAAGUAUUGUGGACUUCUCUACGGGGGAUGUCCGGGAGAGAAGCCAUGUGACGCCCUUGACACCUGCUGUAUGAAGCACGACGCCUGCAUUCUGUCCAAACAGAAUAAUUAUCUCAACAAGGAGUGCAACCAGAACUUACUCAACUGUGUGGGGAACUUCAAGAAACUUAAAGGCAGAUCAUUUCCGGGAAAUACCUGCAACACAGAAGAUGUCAUCAAAGUCAUUACCGUGAGCAUGGAUGCUGCACUGCUUGCAGCCGGACGCCUUCCCAAACCUUAGUCACUCUGAAUUUACAGAAACAAGCGUACUUGUUGAAUUCCAAGUGCUUUAGUACAAUGUUGUCAUAGAGAUCAAUACACAGCUCAAUCAUCGGAAAGGGGAUAUGAUUAUCUUAUCUAAUUUCAAAGAAAUGUUCAAGGGAAAAGAAUCCCUUCAAUUUGUUGCCCUCACCUAUAAUCUGUACAUGUAGUUCCUGUCUUAUCUGGGUUUGUUCAACCAUUUUGUGAUGUAUCAACAUACUGCCUUGCCUUCACUCAAUAUAAAAAUUUGACAUCA